CCCGUCCUCUUUUCUUUGCUUGCAAAGUGGAUGAAACUAUUUGCCUCUGCAUUGACUACCACGGCCUCAACCGUUACACGGUUAAGAACAAUUAUCCCAUGCUUAGCGCGGAUAAGUUGUUUGACCGUUUGGCAAGCAACGACUUCUUCACAAAGAUCGGUCUUCGUAGUGGCUACCACCAGAUCCACGUAGCCACAGAGGACCAGCCGAAGACCGCCUUCCGGUCGCGCUUCGGCCACUACGAGCUCACGGUGAUGUCAUUCGGCUGCACCAAUACAGCCGCCACCUUCCAGACGACGAUGAACAACAUCUUCAGGGACAUUCUUGAAGAAUGCGUUCUCGUAUACCUGGAUGGCAUCCUGGUUUACAAUCGUACCUUAGAAGACCAACUCAGACACCUCCGCAAUUUCCUACAGCGCGUACGCAAGCAUGACUUCUAUGCCAAGCUUAACGGGGGUGCCACCUUUUUCCGUAAUAUUGAUACUUCUGCUGCUGACGUUGACGGCGACUUUGGCGAUGAGGCUACCGACGACGUCUUUGGUCAUGGGAGCAAUGGAGUAGUCCUCGCUAGUGCUCACAACGACCUUUCUGUUUACGUCAGCACUCAUGAUGAUGUUGAUGCUGAUGAUACUACUGCAGCUGCUGCUGAUGAUGCUGCGGCUGCUGCUGCUGUGGAUGAUGAAGAUAUUGGCGGCCUUAUCGCUGACGUGGCUGGUGCCGAUGAUGAUGAUCUUGAUGCUGCUGCUGAUGCUCCUGAUGAUGCCGCUGUUGAUAACGAUGACGCUGAUGAUGAUGAUACUCAUGCUACUGAUGAUGUAGCGGACCCACCGGGUGUGGUGCUCCACCUGGGCCGAGAUGGAGAUGGAGGAAGAAGGGGGGAGCGAGAUGGCACAACGCAGCUCCCCACGCAAGACUCCAACGCACGUACUCCAAAAUGUGCAAGUGAANAUGGAGGAAGAAGGGGGGAGCGAGAUGGCACAACGCAGCUCCCCACGCAAGACUCCAACGCACGUACUCCAAAAUGUGCAAGUGAAGAAUGAGGAUGAAACAGACAACUGUUGGGGUAUACCCCAGCCGACUGAC